ACUUUACCUGUCUGGCAUUUUAGUAUAGCUCUGUUUUUUAUUACGAAAAGAAGUAUAUAAAUGUGAAUAAAUAUUUUUUUUUUUAAUAUCAUGAAUGACAUCAAUAUUUACUCAUUUAUUUUAAAAUUAUUUCUAAGCAGAAGAUUGUUAAUAAUGAAAGAAAGUAAAUUUUAAAAUCAACAAUUGAAUAUAUACAGUCAAAUAUAACAAUAAUAAUAAUAAUAAUAAUAAUAGUAUUCUUUCAUCGGCGAAUGUAAAUAAAACACAAACAAUGAGAGGAAUUUUGGUAUUUGAUCAUCUUAAUGAUGUACUUUUUUCAAAGUGUAACAAAAAAUUUGUCAGGCAUAUAAAAAAAUUGGCUAAAAGUCAAGGUCUUCUCAGUGAAAGUGAAGAUGAUGAGGAAUCGGAUGAUUCUCCAAGUGCAAAUAUUGUCAUGCAAUUAUUUUCUCCCAUUGUAACAUCACAGCAUAUAAUGGCAUCACAAUUUGGUAAUUCGUACACAUCAAUGAAAUGCGAAGAUGGGACAAAUAUGGUUUUUGACGAAUUUAUGGGUAAUACAUUUAUUUAUAUUUCUACCAAAGAAAUAGAUCUAAUGAAGAGAACACUAGGAAUAUGUAUAUCUAUCAUAAGACUCAUUUGUGGUCCUGAUGUUUCUUCAUUAAAAUCAAGUACUCAAAAGGCAAAUCUCGUAUCUUCUCUUUUGGACGCUUGGAUACAUUUACGGGAAACUGAACAGAGUUUUUUAACUGAGGCUGUGGAACAAUUAUCAGUGAAUAUUGAUUUAGCAUCAUCAACUUUGAAAGUAUUAACUGAUGCGGCGGAUAAACUUAAAGCGCAAUCAGAAUUUUCUAAUAUUCAUCUUUUGAUAUUGGUAGAACAAAAAUUUGUAUCGCUAUUCUCCAGUAAAAAUGCUCAAGACUUAAAUGCAUCUGAUAUUUUGAUGAUGAUUUUAAUGUGUUAUGUGGCAAAUAAAAAUGAAUCAUCAUUAUCAUUAUCGGAACAAAAAGAUAUUCAAGAAAGAGAUAUUUUAUUAAGGCCAAAUAGCUCAAUUCCAAAAAAUGAGGAUCUCACAUCAAGCUCAUCAUCACUUCUAUCGAACCCAACGUCUGAGGAUAUUCAAAAUUUAUUCGGUGACUCGAGAUAUUCAUCGAUAAGUGAAGGCCUUUAUACCUUCGCUGAAGACGGUUUGUAUAGUCAAUUAGUUUUAUUAGGAUCAGAUGAAAAUUUCACAGCAAACGCAAUUCACAUUUCAAAAUUAGCUGAAGGUAUUAAUUUAGUAACAAUUGUUGAAGUAAUGAAUUCGGGAAUUUCAUGUGGGCUGUAUAAUUGUUUUUAUCAUUUAAAUAUCAUCAAUAAACUACAAUUACAAAGGGAUAUGGAUGAUUUAAGAUCGGCUGUAGAAAAUUUAGAGACAUCGAUUAAAAAGACAAUUGAUGGGAUCAAGAAACAUCGAGCUUAUAUAAAUAAUGACAUUGAUAUGUGUCAAAGACGUUUACAAGUAAAAUGGGAAUUUGUACGAAAAAAAUAUAUAGAUCUAUUUAAAUCAAGAGAUCCAGAUUUUAUAAUACAAAUUGAGUCAAACAUAUCGGGUUUCAUUGAGACAAUGAAGGAACUUUUUCGUUUGACUUGUUUUGAUAAAAAUUUAUUGAGACAAGGAUUUGAUGUGAUAACAACUGUCAGUCGUCUUGUCAGUCAAAAACUCAAUGAUUUUAGUGAUUUUUUGAAAGUAAAAGCGCUCAAUAAUUUUAGUCUUGGAUCGAGAACUUCCCUAACCAUCAACAAAUAUUUGGAAGAAUUUCCUGGACUGGUACAUUUUAUAUACAUCGAUCGAACGAAUCAUAGACUAACAGCACCAACUGUUGAUUUUACAAAUUCAGAAACACUACAGCUCACAACUGCAAAGAUAUGGACAAUGAUUGAAGAAAGCAGGAUUCAUUUACAAGAAGGUCACAUGUCAGUAAUGUGGAAAGACACGACUUUUAAUUAUGCCUACUUUUUAUGGUUUGAAGACAGUUCGGGUACACCUCUUAAAAACAAAGAAUAUGUUAAUCAUAUGAUUAAAAACUUUGGUGUUCCUGGAAUACUCUGCGGUGAUUAUUACAGAAAAAUAGCGAGUGCUUAUUUUCCAAAAGUAUCGCCAAAUAGAAUGAGGAUUUAUGAACUUUAUUGUGUUCAUCUUGGAUUGGCAACUGCAUCUUGUGUUUUGGAACAUUCAAGACGAUUAGCGGCAACAAUAUGGGAAGUUACAGGUCUACCAAAUAAUCCCGUGGAUAUUAUUUAAUUUUUAUUUAAAUAAAAGUGAUCUUAUUGUGCAAAUUAUUGCGACGAAGAAAAAAAAAAAAGACUUUACAUGACAAAAAUGUAUUUAUAAUAAUGUGUAACGGGGAAUUAUUAAUUUGAAAAUAAUAUUUAAAUACGUUAAAAUUAA